AUGCUCACUCUAUCCUUGUAUUUUUGCCUUCUAUUGCCUAUGCCUCUUCUUCAGCUGGGAGAAUGCUUCAGUUGCAACAAUAAUCUACCUUUCUUGAAAACGAGGGGGAAAAGCAAAAGUUCUGUAUCUUCCUUGUUUGCUCAGGAAGAAAGCGACUCGGAAGAAGCAGUAGCUGUUGAUCCUAACGCUGUGAAUGUAUUAGGAACCCCACUCCAGUGUUGCUGUUCCGACGUUGGCGGAAGUGGAAUCGGAACAGGCUUUUAUCGGAAUGGAUUCUGUUCCACCGGGGAACAGGAUUUGGGUCGUCACACGGUGUGUUGCAAAGUAACCGACAAGUUUUUGAAAUUCUCCAAGGCGGUUGGAAAUGACUUGAGUACAGCAAUGCCAGAAUACCACUUUCCAGGUCUCAAGGAGGGAGAUAUAUGGUGUCUGUGCGCCCAACGAUGGGCACAGGCUUACAGUGCUGAAAUGGCGCCCAAGAUAUUUCUUCAGGCGACUCAUGAAAAGACUUUGGACUAUGCGCCCAUUGAAAUAUUGAAGGAAUUUGCUCUUGACAAGGAAGAGGCAGAAAAGAUUCUACAAGAAUUGAAUGACAAGCGAGAUCAGUUGAACAACCUCCUGUGA